AAUAUUGUAUGGACUGUGACGAAAGUCAAACAAAAACAGUAGAUGUCCAAGCACCACAUGUCAUGUAUGCACUAGACGAGUCUUAUCGCUUCAACGUAACGUACAGCUUCAACCUUCAAUAGGAAAAUCAAUUGCUACAAGAAAAAAAUAUUUUGAAAAAUGAAAAUGGAGCUGGUGUUCAUACCAUCACCUGGUGACGGACAUCUCCGGCCAUUAGUGGAGGUGGCUAAGCUUCUUGUCGACCGUGACGAUCAUCUCUCCAUCACCAUCAUCAUCAUCCCUCAGAUGCAUGGUUUUAGUAGCGGUAACUCUUCCUCUUACAUCGCUUCUCUCUCCUCUGCUUCUGAAGAACGUCUUCGGUACAACGUUCUCUCCGUCCCUGAUAAACCAGCCUCCGAUGACUCCAAACCACAUUUCUUCGACUACAUCGAUGGCUUUAAGCCGCAGGUAAAAGCCACUGUGGAAAAACUUACCGAUCCGGCUCAACCAGAGUCGCCGCCGCGGCUUGCUGGAAUCGUGGUGGAUAUGUUCUGUACGAUGAUGAUUGAUGUCGCCAACGAGUUUCGUGUUCCGAGUUACAUGUUUUACACCUCCAACGCAACGUUUCUUGGAUUGCAAGUUCAUAUUCAGUACCUUUACGACGUUAAGAACUAUGACGUUAGUGACCUGAAGGAUUCGGACACUACUGAGCUGGAAGUUCCUUGUUUGACUCGUCCUUUACCGGUUAAGUGUUUUCCCUCGGUUCUGUUGACCAAGGAGUGGUUACCGGUUCUGUUUAGCCAAACCCGAAGAUUCCGAGAAACUAAGGGUAUUUUGGUAAAUACGUUCGCUGAGCUUGAACCUCAAGCUAUGAAGUUUUUCUCCGGCGUAGAUAGUCCUCUUCCUACGGUGUACACAGUGGGACCGGUUAUAAAUCUCAAAAUCAACGGUACAAUAUCAUCUGACGAUAAGCAAUCGGAGAUCCUACGGUGGCUAGACGAGCAGCCACGUACAUCCGUUGUGUUCCUCUGUUUCGGAAGCAUGGGAGGUUUCCGUGAGGAUCAAGCUAAAGAAAUCGCAAUCGCGCUAGAGCGAAGUGGUCACCGCUUUCUCUGGUCUCUUCGUCGUGCUCAGCCGAAAGGAACGAUGGGACCUCCCGGAGAAUUUGCGAACCUUGAGGAGAUUCUCCCGGAAGGAUUCUUAGAACGCACGGCAGAGAUAGAGCAACAAGUUAACGCGUUCGAGAUGGUUGAGGAGCUAGGGCUAGCGGUGGAGAUCCGAAAUAGUUUCCGGGGAGAUUUCAUGGCGGCGGACUCGGAGUUGAUGACGGCGGAGGAGAUAGAGAGAGGGAUCCGGAGUUUGAUGGAGCAAGAUAGUGACGUGAGGAGUAGAGUGAAGGAGAUGAGUGAGAAGAGUCACGUAGCUUUAUUGGACGGUGGAUCUUCGCACGUUGCUCUUCUAAAGUUCAUUCAAGACGUCACUAAGAAUCUCUCUUGAAUCUUUACAAAUCUUAGAGCAUGAUUAUUGGUAGUAUCUUAGAAAUAAAUCUUAGGAAUAUUU